GUGGUUUCUUAUCAUUAUAUGUAAAAAGAUAAAUGGAUGUACACUAGUUUAUCGUCAGAUUUAAAGAGAACUAAUGACGCGGAUAUCCUAUAAACUUUCCCACCUCUUGUAUCCCAGCGUUAUCUCUUCCUGCUCUUAAGAGCAAAAUUCAACAACAAAUUUUCUAACAUUCUUCAGAGGAGAUUAUAUUUGCGAUUAAUAUUAUACCUGAGCACAUUUAGAGACAUCAAAACGAUAUUUACUGAAAUGUCUGUAACCGGAAUACCUAGCAUGUUUUACAUUAUAUCAUGCUUUCAAUCGCCAACUUCUGUUUGCUUGAUAGCAGGAUUUUGUUUGAUGAUUGUAUGCAAAUGUAUCCGUGCGCGUACUAUUCCACCAGGGCCAUGGGCUUUACCGAUUCUCGGAAGUGUCGGCUUUUUUCGCGCCUUUAAACGCAGACGACAUCUUAUUCUGUCAGAUUUGAGUGAAAAAUAUGGAAAUAUUUUCAGUGUGUAUGCAGGUACUCAACUUGUUGUUUUUCUAAACGGAUAUGACGUAAUUCGUGAAGCGUUUGUAAAAAAGGCGGCAGUCUUCAGUGACCGACCUAGCUGGUUACCAUCGUUACAAUAUGGACUAUCAGAGGGAAAAGGGCUGGUAUGGCAAGAGGCAAUACACGCCGGCGCGGCCAGAAAAUUCGCCCGCCAAGCACUGCGAGAAUUUGGUCUAGGUCGAAGAAGUCUCCAAGACAAAGUGCUACAAGAAACGAGUUAUAUUUCACAUGUCUUUAAAGAAGAGAUUGGAAAACCUUUCACGUUGAAACCAACAUUAAAAAAAGCAAUAACAAACAUCAUACAUGAUGUUAUAUUUGGUAAAAGGUUAGACUUGAACGACGAUGAACUAAGCAGGCUAAUUCAACUGAUUGACGAAUUCUUUAAAGGCGGACUAUUCAUUCCAAAGAAUUUUCUACCAGGGAUUAUAAGAUAUUUUCUGCCCGAGAAUGAGGCAGUGUAUAAUAAGAAGCAGACGACAAUCAACCACUUAAAGAAGUAUAUAUAUGACAGAAUAUCAGAACAUGAACGUAACUUUGACAACAACAACAUACGCGACUUCGUAGACCUUUACGUUAACUUUUCCAAACAAGAGGACAGCAACAUUUCUAAAGGAGAAGUAUUCCGGAUGAUUCUGGAUCUGUUCCUAGCAGGGUCUGAAACAACUGCUAGUACCCUAGACUGGUGCUUUAUGUUCAUGGUGAAGUAUCCAGCUAUUCAAGAAAACUGUUUUCUAGAGAUUAGAAAGCUUCAAAAAAUACAGCCUGAAAUGGAGCAGAUAGAUUGGUCACAUAGACAUCAUUUACCAUAUAUUGAAGCCACCAUAGCUGAGAUACAAAGACUGGCAGUCAUAGUUCCUCUCGGAUUACCACAUAUGGCAUCAGAAGAUGCUACAUUGCAAGGUUACGCCAUACCAAAGAACACCAUUGUGUUCGGGAACCUGUACUCCUGUUCCAUGGACAGUAAUGCAUGGAGUAAUGUCAACGACUUUAAACCAGAGCGACAUCUUGAUGAACAUGGUCAGUUCAAACGAAACGAGAGGCUUAUUCCAUUCUCUAUAGGGCCUAGGAUGUGUUUAGGAGAUUCAAUGGCAAGACUUGAAAUAUUCUUGAUGUUUUCAAACCUUAUCAGACAAUUUAAGUUCACAAAGUACGGUGAAGGUAGCCUGUCCGCAACACAUGUGAAGGAGAAUCAUCCUAUAUCGAGCGCAGAGAAUUUUCAAGUAAUGAUAGAGGAGAGAUUUGACGGUAUUGAAGUGACAAAUAAUCUCAUUGGUUAGCACGAAUGUCUUUGUUGAGAUCGCGUUACAGUCUUUAAUGUAUGUCUGUUUUGUUUAUAUCUGACGUAAUCAUUGUUUGUAAUAAUUCGCAUAUUCCUUACUUAUCGACAGUUUGAAGUACUGAGGUUCAUCGAAUCAAUAAGUAUAUACUAACGUCUUGGGUCUGUAAAGAAAAUAAAUGCAUAAAUAUAUAUCAAUGUGAGGGAAAAAAGGCAAGUGCAAGUCCUAAUGUCUAUUAUCAAAUAUAGAUACAUCUAAAGCUGCAGAAGAAUGUUUAAAUCUUUAAAACUGGAAUUAGCAAAGGAAAAAGUUCUGUAUUAUGUCUAAAUAUUUUUCCUGGCAAAAGUGUCCCUCAUAUUGAAAUUUAUUCAAAACGAUAAAAUAAGCCAUUUAAAAAUGCUGAUCAUUUUCUGUAAACCAUCAAUUUCCUUCCAAAAAUCUGAUCUUUUUUAUUGAUAUUGUAUAUAUGCUUCUUGUGUUGAAAUAAAAACUCAUUUUAA